AUGGUCGUUAUGCUCGACCGCGAGAGUUCAGGGGAGCUGAAGAACCCGCUACAACAUAUAUCGAGUCCGCACGCGCGCAUCAGGAAGAAAAUCCCUCUGCCAUUCACAAUGCAGUUCGCCACCAUCUUCGCCAUCGCCGGCCUCCUCGGCUCCGCCGUCGCCGCCGUGCCAGCGGGCAAUGUGCAGAAGCGCAGCGUCGAAGAGCGAUCCAUGGACUUGUUCAAGAGCACCAUCGACGACCACAUGUCCGGCGGCGAGAUCCUGAAGCGCCAGUCCGCGGCCUGCUGGCUCUGUCUGGCCUCGUGCGGCUUCGGGGACGGCCUUAAUUGCGGCUGCUGUUCGCCAGGAAGGGCGUGUGAGAGCGAUUGCCCGGAGUAG